AUGGUUAUCAGGCGAUUCUUUGGCGGAGGAGUCUCGUCCGUGGCGAUCAACAUCUUCGGACGUCUGAAAGGGACCUCAGCAACGCAGUCUUCCCAUGUCAUUUUCGGUACCACUUCAGUGUUAGGCAUUGCGCAAGGCCCAUUGAUCGAGACGCGAGGCGACAAUAUCCUGUCACACAAAGCCCAGAAAUGGCGCAAGGAGCACCCCAAUGCUGAGCCUCGCUUUGCCGCAGAAGAGAUCGACCGACCAUCCCUCGCCACUCGGUUAGCGAUAUCCUUCAAGCGACCUAUUAAGAUGCUCUUCACCCAAUGGGUUGUGUUCUCGCCAACCCUCUGGGUCUCAUUCGCGUGGGGUCUGCUCUUCCUCCUCCAGUCCUCGGUUCCGCAGACCUUUGGCAAGACAUAUGGCUUUGGCCUCUACCCGACCGAUCUCGUCCAGCUCGCGUUGUCGGUCGGAGCCUUGGUGGCUACCCUGAUCAGCCCUAUCCAAGAUCACCUCUAUCUCGAAUCGGCGAAGAAAUCGAAGAAUGGAAAGACGAUUCCCGAAUCAAGACUCUACUCGAGUGUUCCUGGCAGUCUCCUGUUCACAGCAGACAUAUUCUGGUAUGGCUGGGCCAACUACCCACAUGUCCACUGGAUGGUGCCCACGAUCGGCAUCGUGCUCGUCGGCCUCGGCAUCUUCAGCAUCUACCUGGCCGUCGUCAAUUACCUGACGGACAGCUACGAGAAGUAUGCGGCCUUCGCGCUUUCGGCCGCCUCGCUCGGCCGCAACGUCUCCGGCGCCUUCCUGCCCCUGGCCUCGCCGGCCCUGUACACCAACCUCGGCUUCCAGUGGGGGAGCAACCUGCUGGGGUGCGUCGCCCUGGCGCUGAGCUUGGGGCCUGUGUACCUGAUCUGGAAGGGGGAGGCGAUUGGGAAGCGGAGCCCGUUCAUGAAGGAGUCGAAGUUUAGCCCGGAGGAGCCGAAGAAACGGUAG